GCGUGUAUUCAGCAGGGUAACAGUUAUAUAAUAAUUCCUGCAUGCGUCCUACUUUGGCCGAGGUUCAGUUUCAGUUUGAGGAAUGCUGCUCCUGACUUGUUGCCAUGUAGGUCGCUGUACAUGCGUACAUUGUUUGCAGUGUACUCAAGAGUUGCAGAGUCAUGUUGAUGCAUAAAUUCCUCCUCCACCAGCACAGCAGCCUUUGGAUGUGUGCCCGUGGCGACGCAGAGCAGCAGCUCCGCACAUUACCGUGAACACAGAUCCGCUGGUUUCCUGACAGGACGGAGAGCUUCAGCCAGCGGCUGGGGAAAGACCUCCUGCGGUCGGACAAGUCGAGCGGAAACUCCCUGAAGUGAUGUCGGUGCUUCUCUCAUGUGACAUGGAGUCUACCAGCUACCAUUGAAGCCCUGCACUGGGAUAAGCAUCACAACGGAAGGAAUCUCUGCCAGGAUACAUCUGAUUGUGCAGCUACACACAUUUGUCAACCACUUCCCCCUUUUUCCUGUGGAAAUUGCAGAGGACUCUCUGAAAUGUCAGAAUGGAUCACGUUCAAAACCCUGAAACCUGUAAAAUCUGGACCAGCAGCAAUUUAAUCAUCAUGGUUUGACUCGUACUUUUGGAACUGUCUGAUCCUGAUUCAAAGGCUGUCAGUCAUGUUGGAGCCCGGAUCUGUGGAUGAGGGAGUAUUAUGUGGUUCACCAUCAGUCUGCGAGUUUGUUUACCUGCCGUGUUUGUGCAGAGAAACAUAUGAGCUGAACAUAUUUUAUGUGGCAACUGGCUUCUUCUCUGGACUUCUUGCUCUGCCUGCUGGCUGUGGCGGGGAAUGGACAGUACCAUUACGCUGUCCGCAUUCCUAAUACCCUGGGAAAUGUCUACUUACUGAAUGGACUUUUGUGUUAAAUUUGAGGCAAAAUGGAGGAACUCAGGACAUCUGCUCACUGGAGCCUGUACAAAGACCAAAGGAAUUUCCUCUGCUGAAAGUCUGACCCCAAUGGGAUAAGAACUAGCAACUCUGAACUGAACAAGACAGUUAGACUGAACAGGUAAUUACUGAGAAAAAAAAUUGGAGUACCUUUCUCCCAGAAUGCAUUGCCCUAUGAGGAAGAAACGCCCCACACGCGACUCUGAUUUCUCGGCUAUCGCAGUCCCCUCUAUGCACGGGUCUGGAUAUCUCGACUACACAGUUGAGACGCACGCUUCCAAAUCCCUCGAGGUCAUGGAGGAGUUCAGGCGGCAGGAGAUGUUGUGCGAUCUGGUGCUGCACGUCACAUACAAGGAGAGGACAGUGGACUUCAAGGUGCACAAGGUGGUGCUGGCCUCCUGUAGCCCCUACUUCAGAGCCAUGUUCACCAGCAGCUUCAAAGAGUGUCGCGCCUCGGAGGUCACCCUGCGCGACGUCUGCCCCGAGGUGGUGGGAAGACUUAUUGACUUUGCCUACACCUCCCGCAUCACAGUGGGAGAGAAGUGUGUGCUGCACGUUCUUUUGGCUGCCAUGAGGUAUCAGAUGGAGGAUGUGGCCAAAGCGUGCUGCGACUUCCUCACUAAGCACCUGGAGCCUGCCAAUGUCAUCGGCAUCGCCCGCUUUGCUGAGGAGAUCGGCUGCACGGAGCUGCACCAGCGGAGUCGAGAGUACAUCAACACACACUUCAGUGAGGUGACUAAAGAAGAUGAGUUCUUCAGCCUGUCUCACUGCCAGCUGCUGGAGCUCAUCAGUCAGGACAGUCUCAAGGUGCUCUGUGAGUCUGAGGUGUAUAAGGCCUGCACUGACUGGGUGCGCUGGGAUAUGGAGGGCAGAGCCCAGUACCUGCACGCCCUCCUGAAUGCGGUUCAUAUCUACGCCCUGCCUCCUAAGUUCCUAAAGAACCAGCUCCUGUCCUGCCCCAUCCUCAGCAAGGCCAACUCCUGUAAGGACUUCCUGUCUAAAAUCUUCCAGGAUAUGACAAUAAGGAAGCUGCCUCCUGCACCUAACCGUGGAACUCAACUCAUCUAUGUGGCUGGCGGAUACCGGCAGCAUUCACUGGCAACCAUGGAGGCUUAUGAUCCCAGAAGGAAUGUGUGGCUAAAACUGACUGACAUGGGGUCUGCGUGCAGCGGCCUGGGAGCCUGUACGCUGUUUGGACUGCUCUACACUGUCGGCGGCAGGAACCUGUCGCUCCAAAACAACACCGAGUCCAGCGCCCUGUGCUGCUACAACCCGAUGACCAACCAGUGGAGCCAGCGAGCCUCCCUCAACAUCCCCAGGAACAGGGUCGGCGUGGGCGUAGUGGACGGCUGCAUCUACGCCGUCGGGGGCUCCCAGGGCUCCACGCAUCACAACACGGUGGAGAGGUGGGAUCCGGAGUCUAAUCGCUGGUCCUUUGUUUGCCCGAUGUCGGUGGCUCGUCUGGGUGCCGGAGUGGCGGCGUGUGGGGGGGCUCUGUAUGUGGUCGGGGGAUACGAUGGGCAGAACCGCUGGAACACUGCUGAGAAAUACCAGCCGGACACGAACACCUGGAACCAGCUGGCACCUAUGAACACUAUACGCAGCGGACUGGGAUUGGUGUGUGUGAACUCUCACUUGUACGCCAUAGGAGGCUACGAUGGGCGGAACCAGCUGUGUUCGGUGGAGCGUUACAAUAUAGCCAGGAACCAAUGGGAGCCCAGGGCCUCCAUGCAGUACUGCCGCAGCGCACACGGAGUCACGGUCCACCAGGGGCGCAUCUUUGUCCUCGGUUACACAAUUGUAGUGGUGACUACCACAGAAGCCAUUUUGAGUACUUUGCCAGGAGGCUUUAACCAGCACGGCUUCCUGUCCAAUGUCGAGUGUUACUGUCCAGACAGAAAUGAAUGGACGUGCGUCACCGACAUGUCUGUUGGACGCAGCGGCAUGGGCGUCGCUGUUACCAUGGAGCCCUGUCCCGGCAGCCUGCCUGAACAAGAGGAGGAUGAGGAAGGAGCCACAUGAGGAGGAGGAGGAUAAAAUCAGUGUGGUUAUGGUUCUACGUGGUGCUGCUUUUCAAGAGAGGGGUGAAGUGCGUUCAAUAAAAUUAACAUUCCAAUUUACGUCCCCGCUCUCGUGGAUCUGGUUGGUGUCGCCCCGCGGAGAACUGCAGGUAAAGUUUGUGUGGAAACACUGAAGGAGAAGAUUUCUACAUCAGCUCCAGGGACACAUGAUACAGAAAACAACAAGGUGCUAUAGAAGUAAUCCCAAAUAAUGGUACUAUUUAAUUAUUGUUGUUCCUCAGAAGUUUUUAAUCUCUAAGUGUUAUUUUUGUAAAUUUAAUGAAUGAACGGCCUUCAGCGUCCUGAUUUCUAAUUUCUCUGUGUUGUAUCGCUACCUCUAUCUGUGUCUCUGUCCAAAUGAGCACUUUUCUGUUUGUGCCAAUAUAGUUUCACCCAGAACUGCCAAUUUUUUAUUUUAUUUUAAUGAUUUUUGUGUGUGUGUGUGUGUGUGUGUGUGUGUGUGUGUGUGUGUGUGCUCACCAUAACUUGUGUUUCAGGAAAUAAAGUUAAUCAAGUGUA